AUGGAAGGUAGCGGUGGUCGUAAGAGGGCUGAGGCAGCAGCAGCAGCAGCAGCAGCAGCGGCUGCACAGGAGAAGGAAUCGUCCGCGCGGAGCAGAUUCCGCUCCCGCCACCACCUGCGCUCCGCCGUCACCGCGGGUGGCUCGUCCGUUCCUGUUUCUUCAUCCUGGUUUCGCGUCUCGUCGUCGUCUCCGUCGGCUGUUCCGUCUUCGUCGUCCGUCGGCCGUCGGAUUGCUCUUCACCAGUCGUCCGCGCCGGCCGCAAAGCGCGCUAAGGCAUCCGCUGCUGCCGCCGCCGCAGCUGUUUAUCCCCCGAUCUCUCGCACUUCCGCGUUUCUCGUAUCUCCCCCGUCCGUAUCCGCACAGCCCUCCGCGCAAGUCUCUUCCGCGCGUGCGCGCCCGUCCGCUUUCUCCCCGCCCUCUGCAAAGCGGCUCACCAGUCGCGUCACUUUCGCUGCGCCCCCGUCUUCCGCUCAUCGCGCGGAAUCUCGCGACUCGCAUCAGGUGAAAUCACGCGCUGCCGCGAAAGCUGGUGCGACCGCUGCGACAACCACAGCGUCGUCGCGUGGUGCGAAUACCACUAGCGCCAACCUCACUCGUCCCGGUUCCGCUCCCCCCCUUGGUGCUGCGGCGGCUGGUCUCGCCAGUACCGCGGGUGCAAAGGCGAGUGCACGUGCCCCUGCUGUGAGCGCUUCCGCAGGUGGCGCAGUUGGCGGAGGAGUAGGCGGAGCGAGCGGAACUGUUGGUGGCGGUGACACGGCAAGGGGGAGCAUGGAUAGAGGUUUUUUCAAGUCGUUCGGGCACGAGGAGGGAUCCAGAAGCAAGCGCUCCUCCGAGAGAGAAAAGGAGAAGGAAAAGGAGAAAGAGAAGGAGGAGAAGAAGGAGAAGGAGAAGGGAAAAGAGAAAGAGCGAGAGCGGGAGAGGGAGCGUGAGAGAGCGAGGGACAGGGAGCGCGAGCAGGAGAGGGAGGCGGAGGAUGGAGGAGGAGACGACGCGGACGAUCUGUUUCUAGGACCCGGUGGGCUGCUUUCAGGCCUCGAUUCCGAUGGCGAUGGGGAUGCAGCAGCUGCAGCAGCUCUCAGACAGUCAUUCACGUCGUCUGCCGGUACUGCUCUGGAGAGUUUGCUCCGCCGCUUCUCCGUCUCCAUUGAUGAUCUCCUCCCGUCUCCGUCCGCGCCUGGCGCCGCCACAGGAGCAGCAGGCGGCGGCCCUAGCAGCAGCAGCGGCGGCGGUGGCGGCGGGGGUGGGGGCGCGGGGGGUGCAGGCGGGAGCGGGUCCGCGUCCGCUCCGGGACCGUCUUCCGCAGCUGCGCCCACGCCCGCGCCCCCGCACGCGCACACGCUCACGCGCGCGCAUCUCCCCCAGCCGCAGGGCGGGAGGUACCGAUCCAUCCUAGCAGGGCUAUCCGCGGAGCACGACACAAGCAGGCAGCUGGAGUCGCUCUCUCUCCUCUGCGACCUGCUGCUGAUUGGCACAGAGGAGUCCCUCGCGUCGUUCCCUGUAGACGCGUUUGUGCCGCCACUGGUGGCGCUACUGGAGUGCGAGUACUGCCCAGACGCCAUGCUGCUGGCGGCAAACGCGCUCACGUAUCUCUGCGACGUGCUGCCCAGUAGUGGGUGCUCCGCGCUUGUGCAUCACGGGGCUGUGCCGUCUCUCUGCGCGCGUCUGCUCACCAUCGAGUACAUCGACCUGGCAGAGCAGUCGCUGCAAGCGUUGCAGAAGGUAUCUCAUGAGCAUCCCUCAGCAUGCCUGCGUGCCGGUGCACUCACUGCCGUGCUCUCCCAUCUCGACUUCUUUUCCACCAGCAUCCAGCAAGUGGCGGCGCGCACAGCAGCGAAUGUGUGUCGGGACGUGCCCUCAGACUGUGUGCCCAUGCUGCUAGAGGCAUCCCCCGUGCUCGCUAACAUGCUGCAGCACUGCGACGCCAAGGUGGUAGAGAGCACGUGCAUCUGCCUGACCCGCAUAGCCCUUGCAGUUUCGGCCAACCCAGAGCAUCUCGCCACGCUCUGCGCCUCCUCGGGUCUCAUCUCCCACGCUGUGCGCCUGCUCGCCGCCACCUGCAGUGCUGCCGGGGUGGGGGGUGCAGCGGUGUCGGGCGGAGGGGGAGGGGGCAUGGGAGGGGGUGUGAGCAUCACGCCGACGACCUUUGUGGGUCUGCUGCGGCUGCUCACGCUGUGUGCGCGGGAAGCAGAGGGAGCAUCAGAGACGCUUCUAUCAGCAGACAUUAUCCGCCUCCUACGCAACGCCCUCCUCUCCUCGGGCCUCCACGCCCCGCCCCACUCCACCGCUGCUGCUGCUGAGGGUGAUGCAUCUGUUUCUUCAUUGGGCUUUACUGUUAGCCCUGCCGGGAUGUCUGCGUCAAGUGGUGGAGGGGGGAGUGCAGGGGGAUUGGGGCCGGUGGCAGCUCCUUCUGCUGCUCCUCCGGGGCUGACCAGGCCUGUGGAAGAGGUGUACGAGAUUCUUGCUCUAGCCAAUGAGCUGCUGCCACGUGCAGUGGAGGAGGAACUGGAGGAGGGGGAGGUGUUAUCUGAGGACAUAUCAUGUGAUGAGAGCGAGGAGAAGGACGUUACACAAGGCGAGGAGGAGGAGGGGAAUGGAGAGGAGGAGAGUGAGAAGAAGGAGAAUGGGAAGGAGAAAAGGGCAGGAGAGGACGGUGCUGCAGCAGCUAUGGCUGAUGGUGGCGAGGAAGGGAAGGGGAGUGGGAAGGGCAAGGGGAAGGAGAGGGAGGAGGCGGAUGGGAAGGGGAAGGGGAAGGAGAAGGAGAAGGGGAGGGGGAUGAGUGAUCGGGCGAGGCAGAGGGCGUUUCAGCAGGCACCAGAGGGGCUGGCUCCGUUUGUCUCUGACUUGUUCCCUCUCAUCAUGCAGGCGUAUGGAGCGACAAUGAACGUGGCAGUGCGGCACAAGUGUCUCGAGAUCAUCUGCAACGUGCUACUGCUCUCCACCCCCACCACCAUGCCCCUCCUCCCACCAGCCUCUUCAAUCGCUAGUUUCCUGGCGGACGUCCUCUCCUCCCAGGACGCGUCCCUCCAGCUGCAAGCGCUGCGCAUCGCCUCUCUGCUGCUGCACAAAGACGCACACACCUUCCGCCUGCCCUUCUCCCGCGAAGGCACGCUCUUUGCUAUCCAGAACCUUAUCCCUGCUCGUGCCGCCGCCGCUGCUGCAACUGCUGCCGCUGCCGCUGCCGGCUCCUCUCCCGCCUCCCGCCGCUCCCCUGUCAAGAGAAGUUCGUCUGAUGGUGGUGGUGGUAGUGGUACUGGUGGUUCUGGCGCUGCUCGUUCUCCUGCCCGUCCACCUCCUCUCUCCCCUCUUCCACCCGCGGCUUCUGCCUCUGCCACUGCCGCUGCCGCUGCUUCUCCUACUCCUGCAGCGCCUGUUGGGAAAGAACAAGGUAAGAAGUAUGCUGUAGCAGGAGGAGAGACGCCGAGUCAGGGAGAGAAACAGGGACAGGCGGGGGCAGCUGCAGGGGGAGAAGCAGGGGCAGGGGCAGGGGCAGGGGAACAGUCCGAGGGUUUGAAAGCGAAGGUGGGUAGAGGCUGGGGAAGUGAGGUGAAGCAGGGGGAGGAAUCAACUGGGUUGGUGGUGAAGGCGACGAGGGGGUGGGCUGUGGAGAUGGUGGAGCGACUGAGGCAUGACACAGCUGUGCUGUGCCAGGUGCUGGGCAUGCUCGCAGAUAGACGCGCAGGGAGUGGCGGCGCUGGUGCCACUGCUGCUGGCGCUGCUGCUGCUGCUGGUGGUGGUGGUGGUAUGGGAAGGAACGGGUCUGUGUCAGUGACAACGUUUGAGCUAGUGGAGGGGGGUGUGCCCUCUGCUGUGCUCCGCUUCCUCUCCCCUUCUUCUCCCCCUCCUCGCUCCUCUCGCUCUUCUGCUGCGUCUGCUGGCAGCAGCGGCAGCAGCGGUGGGGAGGAAGGAGGGAGCCAGGUGUCAGGCUUGGAUUGGUGGGCGCAGCAGGAGCGGCGGCGGUGUGAGGUGGUACUUAGGCUUCAGAUCAUCACAGCUAUACUCUCAUCUGCUCUCCCACUCGCCCAAUCCGCAGUCUCACACUCCCUCCCAUACUCCACCUCCGGACUCACCACCACCAGCGCCACCACCACCAUCCUGCACACCCCCGCCUCUCCCGCCUCCCCUCUCGCCCUCGCUUCCCCUCUCCCUCUCGCCGCUUCCUCCCCAGUUUCCGUCCGCUUGCUAGUGCAGCGAUUGCAAGCAGCGCUAGCAGCACGGGAGCGCUUUGCAGUGCUGCAAACAGAGCUAUUCCAGCUGCCCGGAGGGGCAGGAGGAGGAGCUUUCACUUCCAGCGGCCCCACAGGAUCAUCCAAUCUAGGCCUUGGCCCUGGGGGGACCGUACCUGGACGAACAGGUAAACCAGGCGCCCAUGGGUUGUCUCGCUGGCCAGGAGGGUCCGGAGGAGCAGCAGGAGGGGCAGCCGAAGUGGCACUGCUUGCAGCAGAAGCGUCUGCUGCUGCGACAGCGGCUGCAGCAGCAGGGCCGAUGGGGACUGGUGGGGUGUCUGGUCUGUCUGCGUUAUCACAGCCUAUCAAACUGCGGCUGGUGCGGGAGCGGUGUGAGCGGUCGGUGCGGGAUUACUCGUCGAAUGUGGUUCUUAUCGAGCCGUUGGCGACGCUGACUGCAGUGGAGGAGUUUCUGUGGCCUCGAGUGAGGAGGUCACACCAUGUGGCGGCUGUUACUGCCACCCCUGCUGCUCCUGCUCUUGCUGCUUCUCCUGCAGCCACUCCUGGUGCGGCUGAUGCUGCUGCUGCUGGUGCUGCUGCUGCUGCUGCUGCUGGUCCAAGCAGGGUGACAACAGGGGAAGAGGCCACCAGGGGUGCGCGUGCUAUGGACCAGGAGGAAGGCGAGAUUGAAGGAGCAGCAGCGGGUAAAGCUGCUGGUGCCGGUGCUUCCCUUUCUCCUGCUGCUGCUUCUUCCCUUGCUGCUGCUGCUGCUGGCGCUGCUGCUGGCGCUGCUGCCACAGGGGGGAGGGCGGAAGGUGGGAAGGAGGACGAGAGGAGGGCGGUUGAGAAGGGUGAAGGGAAGUCACGUUUGGGGAUGGCGCGAGGGUGGUGGAGUGGGGGGAAGGGGAAGAAAGAAAGCAAGGGAGCUGGCAAGGGUGGGGCGGGGGAGAGGGCUGAGAAGGGGAGGGAGAAGGGAAGAGGGGGCGAUGAUGGGAAGGGAGAAGCGGGGAGGAAUGGAAAGGAGAGGACUGAUGGUAAGGCGACAGGGGAGGAAGGGCAGGAGGUGAAGGAGAGAAGGAGGAAGGGUAAAGGGAAGGAUGAGAGGAAGGAGGCGAAGGGUGCGGGUGCGGGUGGGGGUGCGGGUGCGGGACAAGAGGAGCAGCAGCCGAGGAGUGAGGAGGAGCCACUUUCCGACCUUGCAGAUCUCAUGGCCUUGAUGAGCGGGCUUAACGCAGCAGGCAUGGAGUCAGAGGAGGGUGAGCUGGGUGGUCGAGGUCGGCUGCAGUCUUCCCUUUCAGCACGCUCCCAGACACCACUAGUCGCAGCAGCAGGGGUAGCAGCAGCAGGUGGCAUGGUCGCAGGGAGUGGAGAGCGAUUGGCGGCAGGAUCAAGCGGUGCUGCAGGAACAGGGGCAAUGCAGCAGCAGCAGCAGCAGCAGCAGCAGCAACAAGCGAUGGGUGCAGGUGGAGAGGAGGAAGAGGGAGGCAGAGGUGCGAGCUCUGCCCUGCCUUGUGCUGCAGGUGCUGGUAGCAGCAGGGCGGGGAACCCACUCACUGAGCCCGUGCCUGAGAGUACAGUAGUCACAGGUGGAAGGAGCAACGGCAGCAGCAGCAGCAGCAGCGCUGCUCUUGCAGCAGCAACUCCUUCUGGUGCAGAAGCAAGGGGGGGAGGAGCAGGUGGGAGCGCGGGAACAGGAGGUGAGAGGGGGGCGACAGUGGCUGCUGCGGUGCAUGGGGAGCAUCGGUUGGUGUUUUCGUUCCGAGGGGUUCCCUUAGAUCCCACUGCCACGAUUCUGAGUGUCGUGGUGAAGGGGCUGAGAAUGAUGGCUGAAGGGGUGGAGGGCGAGAGAGAGGAGGUUGGAUUGCAGGAGGAGGGCGAGGAAGAGGAGGAGGAGGAGGAAAUGGAGGAGGAAGAAGAGAUGGAUGAAGAUGAGAUGAUGAUGCUGCAUGGGGAGGAGAGUGGAGAGGAGGAAGAGGAGGAGGAGGGAGAGGAAGGAGAGGAAGAGGAAGGGGAGGAGGAUGAGGAGGAGGAAGAAGAGGAGGGGGAGGAGGUGGAAGAAGGUGAAGAGCCAGGCAGUGAGGGGCAUGAAAUGUAUGUUGAGGAGGGAGGCGAGGAGGAGCAGGAAGAGGGAGAGGAGGAGGAGGAAGAAGAAGAGGGGGAAGAAGAGGAGGAAGAAGAGGAGGGAGAGGUGAAGGAAGACGACGAUUUGCUGGUGGUGGAGGAGGAGUUGGAGGAAGGGGAGGUUGACGAGAGUAUGGAAGACGAUGAGGAGGAGGAUGGGGAGGACCGGGGAGAGGAGGAGCAAGAAAGAGACGUUGAGACUGUAGAGAUGAUAGGGGCUGGAGAGGGAGAGGAGGGGGAAGAAUUGGAAGAGGAAGAGGAGGAGGAAGGGGAGGAAGAGGAAGAGGAGGAGAUGGAUGAAGACGAUGAGGAGGAUGAAGAAGAGGAAGAGGAGGGGGAGGCGGAGGAGGGGGAGGAGGAUGACGCUGACGUGGCAGAGUUUGAGAGGUUUAUGGCAGAUGAGUUUGGGCUGGCUCUGGUUGCAGGAACAGUAGAAGGGUCAUCUCUGCUCCUGCCACACUCAAUCAACCCGUCCCUCUCCCCCGUGCGCACUCUCCUUACUGGCUCUCUUUCCACCCCUCUGCCCUCCGCCUCAUCCUGCCCUUCUGUGGUUCGAGACCUGCUGCUGCUGCUGCACACACUGCACGCACUCACCCGCUCCUCCCACCAGCUACAGCAGGAGGCAGCAGCUGCAGCUGCUCUUGUUCUGGCCUGUGCCCGCACUGAGGGUGGUUCUGCAGGGGAGAAAGCUGCAGGAGGGGAAGAGGAGGAGAGAGAGGAGGGAGAGGAGAUAGAAGAAGGGGAGGAGAUGGAUGUUGACGAGGUGCCGUCACAUCGCAAUGGGGCUUCAGCAGCAGCAGGCAUUAGCGAACAACUAGAGCAGAUCCUGUACACACAGCUAGGGCUUCCCAGGCUCAUUCUGGGACAGACGGGUGACGGCGUUGCUCCUGGUGCUGCUGCUGCUGCUGCUGCUGCUGCUCCAAAGACUCCCUCCACCCCCUACGCAACGAUCCCUGCUCCAGGCCAGGGUGCCGCCUCCCCUUCCUCCUUCUCCGCGCCGCUCUCUCCCUCGCUCUCCGCCACGUCUCCAGCAGCAACGCUCCUGCAGAUCCAGCAGCACAUGGCAGUACCCCCAGAGUUGUUUCUCAACACCAAGAUCGCCACCAAGUUGCAGCGCCAGCUGCAAGACGCGCUCUCUCUCUGCAGCGACUCGCUUCCCGACUGGGCGCACGCCCUCCCGCGCUCCUUCCCCUUCCUCUUUCCGUUAUCCCUCCGCCGCCACUACUUCUACUGCACUGCGUUUGACCUGCUGCGAGGGCUGCACCGCCUGCAGCAGCAGCAGCAGGUGGCGGGAGAGGCAGGCGCGGGAGCGGGAGGAGCAGGGGGAGCGGGAGGAGGAGGAGGCGGAGCAGGAGGGGGAGGAGGGGGAGCGUACGGCCGGGACAGGCGGCGGGAGCUGCGGCCGAUCCGGCUGCAGCGGCAGAAGGUGCGGGUGUCUCGCGAGCAUAUUCUCGAGUCGGGAACAAAAGUCAUGGAGCUGUAUGCGGGGCAUAAGGCAGUGUUAGAAGUGGAGUAUUUCGGGGAGGUGGGAACUGGUCUGGGUCCUACCCUCGAGUUCUACACACUCCUAUCUCACCAACUGCAGAGGCGCUCCCUCCGCCUGUGGCGCUCGGAGGAAGGCCCGGGAGUGCCCGUGCCUGCAGCUGUAGCAAGCACCAAUGUAAGCGCUGGCACCGCUGCUGCUGCUGGAGGGGGAGAAGGAGCAGAGGCGCGCACAGGAGGAGGAGGGGGAGGCGGAUCAGGAGGGAAGGGCGUGCAGGGGAGGGGGGGAGUCAGGGAGGGGGAAGAGACGAUGGUACUGGCGCCGCAGGGGCUGUUUCCGCGACCGUGGAGGGAGGCGCCAGAGCGGGUGGUAGAGCACUUCAGAAUGGCGGGGCGUCUCAUGGCUAAGUCUCUGCAAGAUGGCCGGCUGCUGGAUAUGCGCUUCUCCCCGGCCUUCUACCGCCUACUGCUCGAUAAGCCCCUAGGGCUGUACGACAUUCGCCUGUUCGACCCUGCUCUGGGCAGCACUCUGGAGAUGCUCGCACACGUGGCUCGCGUCCUCGCUCUCGCACCUGCCGCUACUGCCGCCGCUGCUGCUGCAACCACCGACGCAACUGGCGCAAGUGGCAGUGCUGCUGCAGCAACCGACGCACUCACAAGCAGGGAUGCUGACGUCACAGGCAGCAGAGAUGGCACGGGUGUCACCAGUGGCAGCAGAGAGGGCAGCAGUGGCGGCAGUGUGGUGGUGGCGCAUGGUUUGCUGCCAGAGGGCAUGCUGCUGGAGGACCUGUGUCUGGACUUCACUCUCCCGGGCGACCCCUCCUAUGAGCUCAAGCCGGGCGGCGAGGACAUUGAGGUGGGCGAGGCGAACGUAGCAGAGUAUCUGCACCUGGUGGUGGAUGCACUCGUGGGGUCGGGCAUUGCUGCUCAGAUCAACGCCUUCAAGCAGGGCUUUAACCAGGUCUUUUAUCUCUCUUCCCUGCAAGUGUUCACGGAAUAUGAGCUAGACACCCUAGUGUGCGGGGACCGUCAGAUGUGGACUGAGGAGAUGCUAGCAGAGCACAUCAAGUGCGACCAUGGCUACACCCUAGACAGCGCCCCCAUCAAAUACCUGCUGAGAAUCCUAGCAGCCUUCACCCCCCAGGAGCAGAGGGCCUUUGUGCGCUUUGUCACGGGUGCGCCCUGCCUGCCCCCGGGGGGGCUUGCAUCGCUGCGCCCCAAGCUAACCAUCGUCAGGAAGCACCCAUCAUCAUCCCCGGGGAGACCCUCUACCUCCACAGCCUCCCCGCCAGCAGCAGGGGGAGCACGAGCGGGAGCGGGAGCGGGCAGUGCAGGGGGGUCGCCCAUGGCAGCGAGUGACAUGGACCUACCCAGUGUCAUGACCUGUGCCAACUACCUCAAGCUGCCGCCUUACUCCUCCCAGGAGGUGAUGCAGCAGCGGCUGCUGUAUGCAAUCUUUGAGGGGCAGGGCUCGUUUGACCUCUCGUAA